CGCGGGGCUCCCGCUGGCGCGCCGCGGGUCGCGAGCUCGCGGGGGUGCAUCUCCUGCCCCGCGGUGGGUUCGGCGCGGGCCGCGCAAGUGCUGAGCCUUCCUUGUGCCCCGGCAAACUUGGGCAGGUCAACUCGCUUCACUAGGCCUCAGUUCCGUGGGAGCCUUAAUAUGUUAGAGCCGGAAGGUAUUCUGGUUGACAAUGGCUGACGAUCACGAGAAAGAUUUGCAGAAAUUUCUUAAAAAUGUGGAUGAAAUCACCAGCUUAAUCCAGGAGAUGAAUUCUGAUGACCCGCUUGUACAACAGAAAGCUAUCCUGGAGACAGAAAAGAGACUACUGUUUACAGAGGAAGUCCAAGAGGAGGACGGAUGCCGGACCACCCUGAAUAAGACCAUGAUCAGUCCUCCGCAAGCUCCUAUGGAGAAUGCAGAUGAGAUAAACUCAGAAGCCUUCUUGGCAUCUGUGGAGCUGGAUGCAAAAGAACGCGCCAGGAGAAGAAAGGAAAACCAAGUCUUCGCAGAUGCCCUGAAAGCAAAGGGGAAUGAAGCCUUUGCCAGAGGGGACUACGAAGCGGCCAUCGUGUGCUACAGUGAGGGUCUGGACAAGCUGAAGGACAUGAAGGUGCUCUACACCAACCGGGCCCAGGCUUAUCUAAAACUCGGGGACUACCAGAAGGCAAUCGUGGAUUGUGAGUGGGCUCUGAAGUGUGAUGAAAAAUGCACAAAAGCGUAUUUCCACAUGGGAAAAGCCCACCUGGCCCUGAAGAACUACAGUGUGGCUAGAGAGUGUUAUCAGAAGAUCUUAGAAAUAAACCCCCAGCUUCAGACCCAGGUGAAAGAUUACCUGAAUCAAGUAAACCUCCGGGAGAAAGCAGACCUUCAAGAGAAGGAAGCCCACAGAUCGCUGGAUUCGGGGAAGAACACAGCUGUGACAGUCAAGAAUCUCCUGGAGACGCUUUGCAAGCCCGAUCAGACCCCCUUGUUCUAUGCAGGGGGGAUUGAAAUCCUGACUGAAAUGAUGCAGGAUUGCACAGAACGAACUUUAUUCAGAACACACAAUGGAUUCAGUCUCAUCAGCGAGAAUAAGGUCCUAAGAAGGUGCUUUUCCACGGCAGGAAAAGAUGCAGUGGAAGAGAUGGUGUGCGUGUCUGUCCUCAGGCUUUGGCAAGCAGUGUGCACGGGGAACGAGGAAAACCAGCGCCUGCUACUCCAGCACCCCUACGUGGGCCGGCUGCUGCCGUCCUUGCUGGCCGCCAGGGCUCUGAUCGUCCGCCAGCAGAGCCUGGCCCUGCUGCUGCAGCUCGCCCAGGCGGGCCACGGACGGGGCCUGAUCAUCAGCCACCUUGACGGGACCCGAUUGUUGGAAGCCUUGGUGUCAUUUCUUGAUUUCUCAGAUAAGGAGGCCAACUCAGCUAUGGGACUACUCAUGGACUUGGCUCUGGAAGAAAGAUUCCAAGUCUGGUUCCAGGCCAACCUUCCAGGGGUGCUCCUGGCACUCACAAGCGUUCUGAAGAGAGAUCCCAUGGUAACCAACCCCACAGCUCUCUGCCGGUGCAUUGCCCUCAUGGGGAACCUCAGUGCUGAGGCCGCCAUCCGAAGACAGAUGUCUGCUUCUGAAGAGUUCCGGGAGGCCUGCUUGGGCCUCAUGGCCAGAUGUGAGGAGGAUGUGGACCUGUUCAGAGAGGUCUUGUACACACUCCUGGGACUUGUGAUGAACUUGUGUCUUCAGUCCCCCAUCGUCUGUGAGGUUUGGGCCUUGGAGGUGAGCAGGAGGUGCAUGUUUCUACUGAACAGCCAAGAUGGAGGGAUCCUGACAAGAGCUGCUGGUGUCCUCAGCCGCACUCUUGCUUCCUCCCGGAAGAUCGUGGAGGAGGCCCUGAAAGCUGGAGUGGUGAAGAAGAUGAUUAAGUUCCUGAAGACGGGGGGCCAGACUGCCUCACGAUAUGCCAUAAAGACACUAGCUGUCUGCACGAAUAGCUUUCAUGAAGCGCGAGAAGAAGUGAUAAGACUGGAUAAAAAGUUCAGCAUUCUGAUGAAGCUGCUCGGCUCCGAGGAUGAGAUGGUGGUGGGCAAUGCCGCCCUCUGCCUGGGGAACUGCAUGGAGGUGCCCCAGGCUGCGCCCCCCCUGUUGAAGACAGACAUCGUGCAGGUGCUGUUGAGGCACGCGGGGGGGGAUGCGCAGAAGACCGCCGUGCAGCUGAACGCGGGGAUCGCUCUGGGGAAGCUGUGCACGGCCGAGCCCAGAUUUGCUGCUCAGCUGCGGGAGCUGCAUGGGCUAGAGAUUCUCAACUCGACGAUGAAGUAUGUCGCUGAUUAAGACACAUGGUGUCUGUGCACAUUUUCACAAACACAGGACUGUGUGCUAUGGGGGGUCCCUGUGCUUAUAAAGACUUUUCGAAUGUCCACUCCAGAGAUGAAUGUUGUUUUCAGAUGCUUGCCUCUGGUUUUCACCAGUAAUGGGAGAGUGGGCGUCAGGCUGGCCACUGUGUUGGAAACUGCUCGGCAUCCACCACGCUUUCUUCUACUGUCCCUUCCUGCCCUGCAGGGGCUGGACACCAGCAAACGGAAAGCAACGUUUCCCAGAUUCCCUUGUAAGCAGUGGUUCUAGACAGGAACUAGAUUCUGCCAGCUGAAUGCCCUUCCGCCCCUGUGGCUGUUUUCUGCUGGCAAAAGCUAGGAACAUCAAGUUUUUCGACAGCAGGAUCUGUGUCCAAGUUCUGGCCCAGGGACAGUGUUGGCAGCUUCUUGGGCCUGGCCUGCCGCCGUGCCAUGUGCUCAGUGGUGGUAGGUGGUUGAGUGGUCGAGUGGUCGGUAGGUGGUGGCUCCCCUGACAGGGGGUUCUCAACGAUCCAGGGAAUCAUCCCCGGAAGCGCCGCCUGGUGCCCUCGUCCAGCGCAUCGAGGGAUUUAUAAACAUCUAUUCCACGUGUUAGAUGGUUUUCUGCUUGAAGUGUCAAAGCAGGGGCACCUGUCUCCACCCUGACCUCCCAUAAACAUCGACGGAUUUAUUCCCCAAACCCACCCUGCACUCCCCCCUCCCCCAAACACACUGCUCCCUUGCCCCUGGCACCUCUGGACCCCAGGUCCCUAAGUGACAAGUCCAACAAGUGACACUCUUCUCCCACGGCUCAGCACAGUCACGUGACCAUUUUAGGGUGGGUGGCAGGACCCUCAUGCUAGAGUGAACGCCGAGAGUGUCGGACCAGAGUUCCAAAGGCUUCCGGUCCCGCCCCGCUACCCAGCAGCUGCGUGACUCCGGGCAAGUCGCUUAACCUCUCUGAGCUUUGAUUGCUCCUUCUGGAAAAGCUAGAAGAAUACCUGUCCAACCAGUCACCUGUAUUGCCGUGAGGCCUCCAUGAACUUCCCGGCACUCAGGGAAUUAUAAAGUGCUACACAAACAGAUUACCAGGCCCCAUCUUGAGGUCGAAGGGGUUGACGGUGACAUUGGUUGGGUUAAAUUUGAGGGGCCUGAGCAAGGGUAAAGCCCAUGUCCCUUAAGGACUCAGAGCUGGACGUUUUCUGGACCGUGUAGGAAAGGAAAUUCUCCCCCUCCUCAGAGUUUUUAUUCAGUACACCCAAAGAAAUGGUUCCUGACAAGUGCGGUAGCCCUCGGCGUGAAUUAAGAACUCUGCUCCUGAAACUAAGACAAAUAAUUGGCACUUUGAGGGGCCGAAAGGAAGUCAGCAGCCCUGAGACCCUCGUGCUGGGACCGGUGCACCGUGUGGGGCUGGAGGGAGCUCGCUGGAGCACUUCGCGGCGGUACCUAGCACGGUCCCUUGGUGGCCGGCGAGGGACAGGCCGCACCAGAGAGGUCAGGACCUGCCACUCGGGCCCAGUAGGCCAACAGACACACUUCGAGAGGCUACUAAAUGGCAAAGGGAGUUGGCUUGAUGCUAAACAGAGCCCAGAGAAGAAAACAAGGGGCCGCAAAAUGUGCUGUUUCCAGAGAGAAUUCAGUGGAGCCUCAAAAAUGUAAAAGACUGCCUGUGUACAUAACCAGCAGGCUCGGCUCCCCUGAUUUGAAGUUCAGGUCCCUCCUCCUCCCACUCGUUGGCUGCAUCCCUCCUCCCAGGCUCUUGAAAAUGGCUAUUAUACGUGUAAUCUGUUCCCCAAAGAGCGGGGAGCAUCAAAUUAUAUUAUUAUCUCUGCUUCCAAGUGCCUGCCGAGAGCAGUAAUCUUCCCUGCUUUAGAGGAGGGUCCGGCUGCACCUGAGGAGCUCCUGCCUCUCGGGGUGGAGAGGGAUGGCUCACACGCUGGCGUUCGUCCCCAGUGCCAGCCAACCCUCCCGGUCUUGUCACGGCUGACGCACGCUCUCAUCUAGGGCUCCCAGGCGGCCUGGAAAAAUGAACUCGGUGUUGGAGAAGGGGUUCAUCUUGUAUCGGGAGUGAUGCCAGCACCAUCCUUCCCACUCUCUGCGCCACAGCUUAUUCUGGGAAGGCCACGGCAAGGGAGUUGGGGUUGUCUAUCCUAGAGAAUGGGACCAAUAGGGAACUAAUGAGCACCCUGACACCACCACAGAGGUGUCAGGGGACAAUGGGAAACAGCCAUCCUGGACAGUGUGCUGGCCAUGGUUCCAGGGGUCAGCGAGGCAGGACUGAGGUUAAAUGUUGGGAGGAAAUAAGAGGAAGGGGCAGGACACGGCUUUGUAAGCACUUUCCUGAGGAUCUGUUGCCAAGAACUUCUUGGCUCGGAGAGCCAGAUGACGUUCAUCCUAUUCUCUAAAUGCCUUCAAAAUAGGGGCUCUUCAGAGGGCCCUGUAAGAGGAGAGAGUCAUUGGAGGUGAAGAAAACAUUUACAAUUCACCUCCUUUCCCCAUACGAGAGGCCCUUUGUCCUCAUAGGCCAGUGACCUGCAGGCCACAGAGAGAGAGUGAAUGAUGCCCGUGCACUGAGCAUUCACUCUAUGACAGGCACUGUAACAGGUGCCUCAAGACCCUACCCCAUAGAAGCCUCACAAAGAAUCACAAAGACCCUGUGAUGGGUAAAGAACUAAGAUAUAAAGACGGUAAGUACGUCCUUCCCAGGAUCACAGAGCUGGUAAGUAGGGGAGCCAGAAUUUCACUCCCCGUAAACGUUCCUCCACUAGGGGGCAUGGCUUGGAGGAAAGUCUUCUAGUUUCUCUGAGCCUCAGUUUCCUCUCUAUCAAGUGGGGGCCACAGUCCCUACUUGCAGAAUUCUUGGAUUUGAAUAUAACAUACACGAAGUGCUUGGCAUCAGUGACUGGAAAACAGAAGGCAUUUACUUCAUGGUGACUAUUAUUUCUAGGUUAGAAAUUAACCAUGAACUCACCAUCUGCGUCCUCCCACCCUCACCAAAAUCUGCUCAUCUCAUACGUACCCCCAUCUCAGUGAAAGCGAGCAGUUAUCUGGCUGUUACGUUUGCCUUUCCCUCUCUCCCGUGCCCGGUGGCAAACACGAGGGUCCCCUGAGACCUGCCCAUCUACUACCCAGGCAUCAAAGUCUGAUGGCCUGGGCCCGGUGGGGUUCUGAGCAGCGCUCACUGGUGGUGUGACAGUGCUGAUUGCCGGGAACGUGUGACCAGGCCCUGGGUGAGCCCAGGGCCCAGCAUGCAGCGGGCUGGGAACCCUGACACAGGAAGGGCCUCCAAGCCCCCUUGCCACACAGAUGCUCCCUGUCAUUGGCUGUUUGUCCUCAGUUUAGAAUCAGGAAAACCCGUUGAUUCCAAGGACUGUGCUCAUUCAUCAAGAUACCGGCAGGGGCUGCAGGGCCCCCUCCCUGAGUGCCCUGGAAAAGGAGCGUGAACAAAAGCUGGCUGUCACCCCCACCCCUCCCCAGACAACCAGCUCCCGGUGUUCCUGUGGCCACCUUGCCCUGACUGGGCUUCUGGGAUCUGAAACCAACUGGAUGACUUUUUUUUUUUUUUUUUUUUAAACGAGACGUCUAAUUUGAUCUCAGAUUCAAAACAGCAACAUGAAGAAUGGGUUCUCCCAGGGGGAGAUUUUGCCUGGGGCCAGGAUCUGAUUUCUCAGGCAGGGGUAGAAGGGGCCCUUGGAUGCUAACAGCAACAGCAGGGACUGCCCAUCUGCUCCCGGCCACCCCAGCCUCGGGUCCGCCCAGUUCUGGGCUGAGGCCGGUGGGUUGAGAGGCACUGCUCGGUGUGAGCGUGGCUGCCUGUCACACGGCUAUCUCCA